AUGUACGAGUCCUCGACCCACGACCCGCCGGAAUCCGACCGUCCCAUAAUCUCCAUCCUAACCGACCUUGAGCAUGCUAUCCGGGCCGACCCGCCCAAGACCCCCACCGAGUCCGGCAGAGUCCACCCCCUCACCCGACUCGUCAUGGACCAGCUGCACCACGCGUGCUUGCAAAUGGGCCCAACCGAGCCAAACAAACUCAACGACGAAAACGACCAGGUCUUAACCAUGGUGUCCAGCGUGAUGGACAUGCUCGACUCUAACCUCGAGGCCCGAUCCAGGCUGUACAAAGACCAAGCGCUCGGUUACAUAUUCAUGAUGAACAACCGCCGCUACAUUCUGCAGCAGGUGAAGGAUUCGGACGGGAUGAAGGCCCUGAUGGAGGACACAUGGUGCAGGAAAAGAUCCUCCGAUUUGAGGCUGUACCAUAAGGAGUACCAGCGGGAGACUUGGGGGAAGCUGCUCGGUUGCCUCAACCCGGACGGGCUCACCUCCCCUGCAAACGGAAAGCCUGUUAAGCCCAUUCUGAAAGAACGUUUGAAGAGUUUUAAUUCAAUGUUCGACGAGAUUCACAAGACGCAGAGCAAUUGGGUCGUGAGCGACGAGCAGCUCCAGUCCGAGCUCAGGGUCGCGAUUUCAAACAUGGUUGUGCCAGCUUAUAGGUCGUUUCUAGGGAGGUUCAGUCAGGUUUUUAAGCCCGGGAGGCAGACACACAAGUACGUUAAGUACCAGGCUGAGGAUAUCGAGGAAUAUAUCGAAGACUUGUUUUGCGGGCAUGAAGGAAAAAAGAAAUCGAAGAAGAAAGAUGGCACCAAGGAUGGUGCAGAGGUUGUGUAG